AUUCAGAAUUGGAUCAUAAAAUGCUUCUCUAGGAAUCGGAAGCAAGCAGACUCAAAGGUGGCUAUAACUUGCGAACUUACAUAUGCAGCUUGACAACUUGCUGAUUGAAGAUAGAAGCUGGAGAUGAGCUACUAAGUUGAGUUUAGUAAGUAUUUUACAAAUAAUACCAUUAAAAAAAGGUCAUGAGUAACUCUCUUGUUUAGGUACAACCGUUUUUUGGUUGGAAACUCAUAUCUGUUUCUAUAUAUCUAUCAACUCUUCCAAACUUCUUCCUCUCUUAUUAAGGAUGUAAUUCGGAUGCUAAUCCGUCAUUAAACCAUAUGGUCUUAAACAAGUUAGCCUCCAUUUUUAACUUCAUCGCUCCAACAAGGCAGCUAAGAGUUAAAGAUGUGACAUCUUAUCAAGCAAAUGCAUUAGAUAUUUCGGAGAAUGCAAAAGAUGGCGAGCUUACAUCUCCGGGAGAAUCAAGCUCCAUUGAGGCUCUUGAGGUUGAAAGCGAAUUUUGUUGUGUUUGCUUGUCAAGAUUGAAGGGAGGUGAGAACGUGCGUGUUCUCUUUUGCAAGCACAAAUUUCAUAAAGUCUGCAUCGAUAGAUGGUUUAAAGCGUGUCGGAAAACUUGUCCGAUAUGCCGGUUCACAAUAGGGGAGGAGGAAGGAUCGUACAAGAGAGAAGAGCAGCUUACGGAAGAGAUGGUGAUAUGGUUUUCUUCUUUUCAUGUAGCUGGAUUCUAAUAGGAAUGUUGAUAAAAUUUUGGGUGAAAUAAUAAGAAACUUUACAUGAAAAGUAGAAGCAGACAAGGUGAAUUAUAAAAACAUAAUUUGCACUCUUAGAAGAAGCACAAACAAAAAUGAAUGAAUUGAUUUGUUGAGCAAUACAGAAACAAAAAGUUCCGAUGCCGGGAAUCGAACCCGGGUCUCCUGGGUGAAAGCCAGAUAUCCUAACCGCUGGACGACAUCGGAAUUAUGCAUGAACAUGUGAAUACCAUUCAUCUCACCUAGCCUGUUCAGAAUUUGAAAGCCAUCUAUUUGUUUCGUAUUUCUUUUUCAAACUGUAUUUUUGUUAGAUUGAAUUAAAUAUUAUUUAUAUUAAUUUGCAAA